AAUUUCCCUAAACCCUCAAACCAGCCGAAAAUAUACAAAAAACCCGAACUUCCCCGUUUGAAAUUCUCAAAACCCAGCCAUAGUCGCCGGUGUUCCUCGCCAGCAACCAUUCCCCUGAAUCCCAGACCGAUGGUUAUCACGCCGAUGUAGUUUCUGAGAACGGAGCUUAGGUUAGGAUUAUUGGGGUUAUUCCGUCUGGUUUUGUAAGUAACACAAUCAGUAUGUUUUGGACUGCAGUAAGGUAUUUUGCGACGAAGCCAAAGCCGAAGAUGAAGCCGAUUGAACUUAAAACUCCACCGGAGCAAACGCAGACGAUCACUAGAGUCAUCUUCGACAUCGUUAGGGAGCAUGGUCCGCUAACCAUAGCUGAAACUUGGGAUCGCGUUCAGGAAGUUGGUUUGAGGGGAUUAACAAGCAAAAGGCAUAUGAAAAUAGUGAUGAGAUGGAUGAGGGAACGGCAGAAGUUAAGAUUAAUUUGCAAUCACGUAGGACCUCAUAAGCAGUUUCUUUAUACCACCUGGUUCACAAAACCCAACUUUGGACAGGCAAAGCAACCGGGGCGUAAUGCUUCACAACCAAAAAGCCCUUGAAUGCCUACAGGUUACCUGUAAAGAAGCUUUGUUUAUUUGUUUCUUUUUCAUAGAAGCUGUUCUUUCUUCUUUGAUUCUUCCACACCUGAUAACUAUAUAGAACAAAUGACCAGUACAGACAAGGAUUUAAACACUGACCUUGGAUCAUGUUAUUUCCUUAAUUGAUUAGAUAAUAGACUGUAUUGAGGAUCAUUAGUCAUUUCAUAUUCCUCCUGCCUUUGAUUUUCUCUAAAACAUAUAUAUUAGACUAUUAUCUAAAACCUUUGCUGA